UGUUGCUCUUCCGCCUUUGAUGACGUAUUUACUGUUAUGAUGGACUGAAACUAUACUAGUCAAGUGUACCCGAGCUCUGCGUUUUCAUUGAUGCAAUAUAGUGUUAAACGAAAGUGCCAAAUAUUGUUACACUGCUGCCUCCAAGUUCUCUGCCCCCUUGUUGACCAGUAUGUCUAAGGAGCACCAAGUGGUCGAGAGGGCUAGGAGGGCCUUCCAGACCGGCAAGUCUAAACCCCUGGAGUUCAGACUUAACCAGCUAAAGAGCUUACAUCGCUUCAUCAACGAGAGACGCAAGGACAUUGCAGACGCUGUCAAGAAGGAUCUCAAUAAGAGUGGGAACAGCACAGAGCUCUUUGAGACCCUGAGUCUCGAAGGGGAGAUCAAUGUGGCUGUAGAAAGGUUAACAGAAUGGGCUGCCCCUCGUCCUGUAGAGAAGAGCCUGGUCACCAUCGCCGAUGAGGUGUACAUCCGACCGGAGCCCCUGGGAGUGGUGCUCAUUAUCGGGGCCUGGAAUUACCCCUGGGUAGUGACCCUCCAGCCCCUGGUCGGUGCCAUCGCCGCAGGCAACGCCGCUGUGGUGAAACCAUCAGAAGUAAGCUCCCAUUCAGCCAAGCUCAUGGAGGAGCUGCUCCCUCUGUACCUCCAUGAGGAGCUGUACCCUGUAGUCUGUGGAGGCGUCUCGGAGACCCAGGAGUUGCUGCGUCAGCGGUUCGACCACGUCUUCUACACGGGGAACAGCACCGUGGGUAGACUGGUGAUGGAGGCCGCCGCCCGGCACCUCACCCCCGUCACGCUGGAGCUUGGUGGGAAGAGCCCCUGUUACAUCGACAAAAACGUUGACCUCACGGUGGCAUGUCGGCGCAUCACAUGGGGGAAGUUUGUGAACUGUGGUCAGACUUGCAUCGCCCCAGACUACAUCCUGUGUGAGCCGAGCAUCCAGAACAGACUGGUGGAGGAGAUCCGGAAAUGCAUCACAGAGUUUUACACAGACGACCCUAAGAACUUUGAGGACUAUGGGCGCAUUAUCAACCAGCGCCACUUUCAGAGAUUGAUGUCACUACUGGAGGGCAGCACAGUCGCCAUUGGUGGAGACAGUGAUGAAUCACAAUGCUAUAUAGCCCCCACGGUGCUGAAGGACGUAACAGGGGACUCCAAGGUGAUGCAGGAAGAGAUCUUUGGUCCCAUCCUGCCCAUUAUAACCAUUAGUGGAGUGGACGAAGCCAUACAGUUCAUCAACGAUAGAGAGAAACCUCUAGCCCUUUACGUCUUCUCACAGGACAAUAAGUUGAUCAGGAGGGUGGUAGCAGAGACCUCAAGUGGAGCCUUGGUGGCAAAUGACUGUCUAGUCCACUUCACCAUCAAUGCUCUCCCCUUUGGAGGGGUGGGGAAAAGCGGCAUGGGCCAAUACCACGGCCAGCACAGCUUCGACCAGCUCAGCCACCUGCGAGCCUGCCUUAUAAAGAAGCUCAACAUGGAGGCUGCGAACGCUAUGCGUUACCCACCCCACACGGAUAAGAAGCUGGGCUGGGCGCGCAUCUUCCUCCUGAAGCAGGUCAACCUAGGCAGGCUGAGACGCAUGGCCAUGCUGGCUAUGUUCACUGCCCUGGGCGCAUUCAUUGUUCAGAGGUUCCUGCGACGAGGCUAACAUGGGGAACUGGAAUACAGUCAUGGACCCUGGUUUUAAUUAGUGGUGCUGUACCAAGUUAUGCUUCUUUGAAUCUGUUGUCACCAUAGCUCAUCUGCAUCCGGUUAUGAAUCCCAGUUAUUGAAUUCUGUUCGGUGUACAGAGUGGUUGUGGCCCAGGGUGGUCCUACUUGAAUAAAUCAUAAAUGUAUCUUGGAAAUAUAUUAAAAAACCUAUGAGCCUUGAA